AGGUUAAAUUCGGUGAACUUUGUGCAGCCAUCGCCAAAGUAUAUUGAGGCUGGUGGACGUUCUGCAGAGAAGCUUGAACAAAUUCGAUCACAGGUUGAGAAGUUGCAUCAAGUUGUUGACGAAAAUAGAGGGAUUAUUCAUGAGAAGAACACCAUCAUUUGCGACCUUCGAGCGGAAAACGAAAAGUUCCGGGUGGAUAAUCUACGUAGCACACAACGGACAGACGAACUAGAGCAGCAGGUGGAAAAACAAGUGGAAAUAAUAAAUAGCUACAAGGCUGCUGAGGAGCAACAUGACAAAAUCAUCCACAUGAUCCAGCAGGAUAUGAAGGCAAAGAAUAACAAACUUCUCAUCCUAAUGAGUCAACUGAGAUCCAGUGAGGCAAGAUUUGCAGAACGGCUUGCAUCGGAGGAAUUUCGCAUCAAGUCCCUGGAAGGCGCCCUGGCAGACUUGAGCCAUGUUUUGGAGUGUGAACCGACAGCGGAACAAUGUAUACUCAAGGUUACUGAGUUGGUUCGAAAAAUAUGCGCCUACAAAACUCAGCUCGAUCAGAGGGAAGAUGCAAUCCAAGCCUUCGAAUAUGAGCAGCGUGCCUCACGGGAGACUAUUUUGAGGCUUUCCGGUGAACUAACCAAAGAGAAAAACGAGAAAGCAUCCGCAAACGAAGAUUCACGCAAAGCGAGAGAAGAGUUGGUGAAGACUCAGAGUGCCCACGAACAGUGCGGACAUCAUAUAUGUCUGUUGGAAGGCCGAAUAAAUGAUCUGGCAAAUAGCUUACAGGCUGCUCGAAGGGAGGCUGAAGAAAAGGAUAAGAUGUUUGCACUGCUGAAUGAGGCGGAAACAAAACUUCAAUCAAAGAAGAUCCUGAGUGCUUCUUCAUGUGGACGAUCAGGUGGCUCGAAUGAUGGAACGCAACCCGCGGAUAUUGAGGCUUUUAGAGCGUUUCUGAAAAACGUCGCGGAACUUUUCGAAAUUCCGAAUGGCGAAGACUCAAUCGGAAUUGUGUCCUUCGUGUGGAACCGCAUACAAGAAAUGAGGGAUGAUAUAAGGAAGUAUUCUGACCGAAUGAAAGAACUCCAAACGGAUGUUGCCAGACUGUCCCAACUACAGACCUCUCUUCAUGAAAACGAGCACUCCUCGAAACAGCGAAUUCAGUCCUUGGAGGAACAACGCGCUUCUGACGGGGCCAUAAUCGAUGGUCUCAGAGCUGAACGCAACCAGUUACACGAUUUGCUGUGCAAGUUUGCGCUUGCAAUGAAAUUUGAGGAGCCCAUUGCCGAAACAGAGACGGAUAUAGUAGGGCAAACUUUGAUCGCUCGAAUAACGCAACUACAGCAAGGAAAUACAGAGAAGCUGGCCAAACAACGGAUUCAUAUUACAAAGCUUCAGCGAGAACUGCGGGAGUCCAAAGAGCUUGUGGAGUCUUUGGAGCUUCAAGUUUCAAUCAUGAAGCGUCGAUUAGCUGAGGCACAGGAACAUCGUUUCCAGAAUAUCGCUCCUGCUAGUCAGACCCCAAUGACUUUGGCAGCCUCUGAGAAAGAGAGAAACCGUUUGGUUAAACAACUGAAACAGACAAGAGAUGAUGCCGACAAACUACGAGAGGAGAUUGUGCUACUUAAAGCUCGUCUGUUGGAAUCAAGUCAAGAAAAGCUCAGACAAACCGAACAAGGAAAAGUCCUCAAGGUAACCCAAAUCCGCAUGAAUGAGACCAAUCGAAAUUUCGAAGAACAGAAACAAGAAGCUCUUAAACUGCGAACAGAGCUAGACCAAUGGAAGAAACGUUACAACACAGAAGUGAAGAGGCUUCAAGAUCGACUCACCGAAGCCGAAAGGGAGUUGGUCAACACAAAAGAGGCACUAGAAAUCAACCGCAAUUCAACAGAACAGCCAUCAGCCACUGGUGGAAAGCCACAAUUCAAGAAUACCGUUCAUUCUGGGGCACACCGCAUGAUUCCGAUCACGUCCUGCUGCCUGUACACCUUACGGUUCGCUUCCCUUCAGGCUCUCGCUAGUCAGCAAGAAGCAGCUCAACAGUACCAAUUUGAGCUAGCCCAACAACUCUCCACAGUAAGACAGUACUGUGGUGGCAGUGAACAUGUGGAUGAAGCGUGGCAAAAUGUGAAAAGAGCUAUGCUAACGGAGUUCAGUGCUGUCUGUCAGACUUCUCCGAUUCGACCACAAGAUCACUGGAUACCGUCGAGAUCGCUAUCCAUUAUCGAUGCCAGGAAAUCGAUCCGCGCAUGCAAACCCCCUAAACAUCAAACAGUGAGGAGCCUAAGAAAAGACCGAGAGAUCUGGCGGACAUCGAAAGCCCGGGAGUUGAAGAAGGAUUUUGCUGCGGGAAACGGCCGUGCCGUAUAUCAGCUGAUACGAUCGACUGGCCCUAGGAAAGCAACGGUCAGCGAAACGAUAAUGGGAAAAGAUGGCUCAUUAAUUCACUCGCAAAGAAAUUUGACGGCAAAGAUAGACCGAACACUUCGAAGAACAGUUCAGCUGGUCCCUGCAACACGGCCUGUAGAGAUAGUGCAUACAGGCGAAUGGAAUUUAGACAUUGAUCACCCGUCGGAUGAAGAAAUAAAGUACGAAAUAUCCGCGGUAAAACGUGAGGCAUCAGGACCGGACGGACUGAAGCUCUCGUCUGAGUUCACCACAUCAAGUGGUGUCAGACAGGGCUGUACUCUUUCACCUUUCCUCUUCAACUUCGUCAUUGAUGCGAUCACGGAAGACUCACUACCAACCUCUAAUGCCUGUGGGGUCGAAGUGCUCCCUGGGCCUCCGCUUACAGAUAUCCAGUACGCAGACGACAUAGCUCUUCUUGGAUCUGGUCCUGUGGUAUUGCAAACAAUAUUAAAUAAUCUGAAUAAUUCUGCCUCGAGGUUCGACAUGCGCUUCACACCUGCAAAGUGUAAAGUGAUACUGCAAGACUGGGUGGGCUCGAACGCUAGCCUCAUGCUUGCGGAUGAACCGAUUGAGGUAGUAGGCAAAUUUGUUUACCUGAGCAGCUGUAUCAGUCCCGGUGGUCUCCUCUCGCUAGUCAGCAAGAAGCAGGUAGUCCAGUAUUUUCGAAGAACGACCAUAGCUCAACAGUACCAAUUUGAGCUAGCCCAACAACUCUCCACAGUAAGACAGUACUGUGGUGGCAGUGAACAUGUGGAUGAAGCGUGGCAAAAUGUGAAAAGAGCUAUGCUAACGGAGUUCAGUGCUGUCUGUCAGACUUCUCCGAUUCGACCACAAGAUCACUGGAUACCGUCGAGAUCGCUAUCCAUUAUCGAUGCCAGGAAAUCGAUCCGCGCAUGCAAACCCCCUAAACAUCAAACAGUGAGGAGCCUAAGAAAAGACCGAGAGAUCUGGCGGACAUCGAAAGCCCGGGAGUUGAAGAAGGAUUUUGCUGCGGGAAACGGCCGUGCCGUAUAUCAGCUGAUACGAUCGACUGGCCCUAGGAAAGCAACGGUCAGCGAAACGAUAAUGGGAAAAGAUGGCUCAUUAAUUCACUCGCAAAGAAAUUUGACGGCAAAGAUAGACCGAACACUUCGAAGAACAGUUCAGCUGGUCCCUGCAACACGGCCUGUAGAGAUAGUGCAUACAGGCGAAUGGAAUUUAGACAUUGAUCACCCGUCGGAUGAAGAAAUAAAGUACGAAAUAUCCGCGCUACUGAACUUCCGAUCACUGAUCGCUCGGCAUCUGGGCUUAGACUCUGAACAUCUGUCCGUGCCUGACUACGAGAUUCUUGUAAAGCUGAAUAAGUUGAUCUCCUCAAACCACACAGUCACCAACAGGCUCCUGGCAACGGAGAAUGCAUUGACUCUGGUUGACGGUUCUUUCAAAGGAAAAGAAUACCAGGCGUUAGUCAAAGAUUCAGCAAUGGCAGGGCAUGCUCUAGACACUGGGCGUAGUAUAGAUUUAGAAAAUGUGGACAUCCUGAGUCGGGGUUUAAGAUUCACACCACAGCGACUGGUGGACGAGGCGGUGGAAAUCGCCAAGCAUCCCAGUGUGAAUAGAAUAGAGGGGGUAGAACUUGCAAACGUGUGGAGAGCGGUCUUAGAUCAGCCGAGAUGA